GGAGCAGUCGUAAAAUUCCAAGACAAAACGCCCAUUCUUGUACGAUUCUUCUUAAGUAUUUUCAGAAGUGUAAAAUUCACAUCACACACUUUUGUCUCUCUUGAUAGAAAGAAGAUAUUCGUGCUAUCUGUUUUCUCCGGUCACCGGGAAACUGAUUUUAACUCUCGAUGGCGAUCACUGACCGUCAGAAUCCGAAUGCUGAGGAGAAGAAGAAGUUAUUCAAGCUAUGCCCGUUCUUCUGGCAGAGGAGAACCACCACCGCCUCUUCUUCUAAGCCGUCCUUCGCGAGAUCAAUUCUGCCGGCUCGCCGUCGUCUCCGACUAGAUCCUUCCAGCUAUCUCUAUUUCCCUUAUGAAGCUGGUAAACAAGUGAGAAGCGCAAUCAAGCUUAAGAACACUAGCAAAUCUCACACUGCAUUCAAGUUCCAAACAACUGCACCUAAGAGUUGUUACAUGCGUCCUCCUGGUGGUGUGUUGGCUCCAGGGGAGAGCGUCUUUGCAACCGUGUUCAAGUUCGUGGAGCACCCAGAGAACAAUGAGAAACACAAGUUAAACAAGAAGAGCAAGGCUAAGUUUAAGAUUAUGAGCCUCAAAGUGAAACCGGGUGUCGAGUUUGUGCCCGAGUUGUUUGAUGAGCAAAAGGAUCAAGUAAUAGUGGAGCGGGUUCUUCGGGUCAUUUUUCUUGAUGCGGACCGCCCAAGUGCUGCACUGGAGAAACUGAAACGUCAAUUGGAUGAAGCUGAAGCUGAAGCUGAAGCUGCUGUUGAAGUAAGAAAGAAGCCUCCACCAGAGACGGGACCUCGUGUUGUCGGGGAGGGUCUUGUCAUUGACGAAUGGAAGGAGCGAAGAGAGAAGUACCUUGCUCGACAACAAGUCGAUUCCAUAGAUUCUUCUUCCUAAAUUGCACAUGGAUUUGUUAUUAGCGGAGAUGAUCUGACUCCAGAUCACCAAAUCUGCCAGCUCUAACAACUUCAACUAGCAUGAUGAUGACGACUUAACACACAACAACACAAAGCAGACUUGGUGGCACUACUUCCACUUAUUGAACGAAAUCUUAACCGAUAAACACACAAGUGAACCGGCAUGACAAAAUAUAUAACGAUGCUACUUUUUUUUAGCUAUUCUAUCUUUUACUAAUCAAAUCUCCUGUAGCAUUACAACGUAUUUUCGUAACCACCUGUCAUCACUAAGAUU